CAACCAAACCUAACUAGAAGAUACUUUGGUUGGGUUGCAUCGGUGUAGGUUAUUUGUCUAUUUGUUGAUCAAUUUUCAAAAAUUAAGUAAAAAUUGAUCUAACUAAUUUCAUAAAUAGAAUAUAUAUGUAAUUGUAUCUUAAGUAACAAAAGAUAAAAGAAAUUUAAAUGGGUAAAGAGAAUUAAAUAGAUUUUGGUAUAUUUUAUAAAUAUUUUUAACAUUUUUCGGUAGCUGAUUUGAUUAUUAUUAUUAUUAUUAUUAUUAUUAUUAUAUAUAUGUAUAAAAAGUAAUCAGAGGAGUUUAGAUAUGAAAAAAAGUGAAAAAUAUAACUGCGAAACUGAAUGAAUAAUCAAUAAAGUUCUAAGUUCGAGUAAUUGGUUUCGCAAGAAGAGAAAGGUUUGAGAAAAAUGGCGCUGAGGGCAGCCGUUCUUCGCCAUCUUCGAGUUCCAGUCCAGUUCCACGCCCUAGCUCGCCGGGAAUGCCAGCCGACGCCUUGUUCCGGUGGAUCUCUCCGUCUAUUUUCAUCCCACGAUGAUCACAUGACAAAGGACGAGGUCAUUGAGAGAGUUCUCUCGGUUAUCAAGUGUCACCCGAAAGUCGAUCCCUCCAAGGUCAGCCCUGAUGUUCAUUUCGAGAAAGAUUUGGGUUUAGACAGCUUGGACACCGUGGAGAUUGUAAUGGCCUUGGAAGAGGAGUUCAAGCUGGAGAUACCGGACAAGGAGGCUGAUAAAAUAGAUUCCUGCAAUCUUGCAAUUGAGUACGUAUACAACCAUCCAAUGGCUAGUUGACAAAGUACUAGCAUCUUUCACUUUGUCUAUUUAUUUCUUUGAUGUUUUUGGGGUAUGUUAUUCAGUGAAAGAAUUUUCAUCUCAACAUUGUUGUUUUGACCGUUCUCGGAUGUUUGUUGAGAUUUGCAAUCCUUUGAACUAUGGUGGAAAAUAAUUGUAACUGCUUGAAACGUAGUACAUUCUGUCUAGACAAAUUUUCAGGGCCUACAAUGGUUAUAAUUUUGAACUCUUGCUAUUCAUGUGGUAGAAAGGGUUUUGCAUCUUAA